UAAACGUCAGAAAUAUUAAAAACAAAAAAGAAAGUGGUUCACAAUUUAUCAUCAUCUCAUUUACGUCUCAGAAGCAAGUUUCCAAAUUCCUAUCUAAUUUUCAUCUGAAUUCGUUGAUAAUUCGGUUUCAACUCUAAUUAAUUUCCAACAUUUUUUGUUCGCGGAAGCACUUAAUUGCUAGAUCGUAAUACGUUUGCGAAUUAUGGGGUUGGGCGAUGCGGAUCUUCUCGACGACGGCGACGGUGGUGGUGGAGGAUGCAAGGCGUCAGCUGCAUCUGUGCCGUGCUCGAUUUGCUUGGAUGUGGUGACGGAUGCCGGCGAUAGAUCUUGGGCCAAGCUUCAAUGCGGCCAUCAAUUCCAUCUCGAUUGCAUAGGUUCAGCAUUUAACAUAAAGGGAGCAAUGCAGUGCCCUAACUGCCGGAAAAUUGAGAAAGGACAAUGGCUCUAUGCAAAUGGUGGUCGUCAGUUACCUGAGUUUAGCAUGGAUGAUUUGCCGCAUGAUGAGGAUCUGCAUGAUCUAAGUUAUUCUGAAAUGUCUGUUGGAGUUCACUGGUGUCCUUACAGCGGUUUGACUAGACUUCCGUCAUCUUCCGAUGAAGGUGAAUUUUCAUCAAGUGCGUACCAAGAUCUUGUCGGACACCAUGCUAUCUUUGCGGAACAUGCACCCAUGUCCUCUGCAACUCAUCCUUGUCCAUAUAUUGCAUAUGUUGGAACAUUCCACCCACCCUUUUCAACAUCAAGUGGGAAUACGCCUGAUGGGUCCAGUUUUAGUAAUCACUGGAGUGGGCUGUCUUCUGCUCCAAGUGAAGUACCAAACUCCUAUGCUUUCCCUUCAAUGGAUGGCCAUUAUCACCACAAUUGGGAACACCCUUCUCAUUUUGCUGCAAGCAACCGAAUCGGUAAUGCAGAUCAACCGCCUAUUCCAUCUCUAGCUCAGAGGACAGCUAGGAGUUCUGAUAUUCCAAGACCUGGAAUGCAUCCUUUUAUAGUUGGCUGCAGCUCCGCUAGUAGAGCUCCCAGCUCUAUCACAUCAUCAGUGCUUCCACCUUACCCUGGACCUGUUGCCCGCCUCCGUGACCGUCCUCCUCCUGUUCAAGCGUAUUUCCAGCAAUCCAUUGGUGCGCCAGUAGCACGCACCUCUCUAGUUUCCACCGGACGAAGAUCCGGCGGCCAUAGGGGUUUGCCUCAAGUUAGCCCAGUGGCCUCAUCAUCAGAUGGGUUUUAUUUCUUUUCCUCGAAUCCAUCUGGAAGAAGUUUUCAAGAUGCUGAAAAUCCCCCACACGACCACUUUUAUGGUUGGGACCGUGAGCAGCAGCCAGGCUUCACCUUGAAUCAGCUUGAUAGGGAUGCAAUAUGGGCGUCUUUUCACCCUUCAUCUGAUUCAGGUGUCAGACCAGGCAAUUUCCGGCAGAGGCAUGGGUCUGAGAGGAUGCCAUCUCAGAAUCGAACAUGAGUGUUGUAUCGUGUUGGGAUGAAACUUUGAUGCCUCAGGCUCACAACUAAGGACUGAGAACCCAACCCGAACACAUAUAUGCUUGAGCUAAGGACAAUCUGUCUAUAAUGUCUAAAAUUAUGGUGAUGGAAUUCUUCUUGUUUCUAUGCCGUUGAGGUAAAUAACACAUGUUUUUAUAUCA